AAGAUAUUCUACUGUUUUUUUCACGCCAGACCUGAUCAUCUUCCUACCAGCAUUAGGAAAUCUGACAGUGGAGCCCACCUGAUGAUGGUUUUCAAAUUCAAUUGCACUCCAACAUGGAGAGCGGCCAUCUAGAAGAUUGACGUGUGCAUGAGGUGGCCCCAACACCUGGUCUUAGAGCCAGUAGCAAAAUCUUCAAACAAAGCUUCAACGGCUACAUUUCACAAGCUCGACUUUUUGUCUAUUUAAGAGGUCUGAUUUCUUGAAGGAAUCCAUUCACAAUACCGUUUCCAUUUCUUCGAAACAUGGAGUUCUUUAGAUUAACCUCUCUAUAUCUUCUAUCUUUCACUCUUCUCCUUCAUGGUCUUCAUGCCACAGACCCUAUUUAUCACAGAUGUUCAAGCACAGAAAACUAUACAACCAAUGGCCCAUUUAGCAAGAACUUGGACCAAAUGCUGACCUCUCUCCCCGUGAAAGUUCCGCUCACAGGCUUUGCGCUCAGCUCGGUAGGGAAGCGCCCAGACAAAGUAAAUGGGCUCGCCCUGUGUCGAGGAGAUGUUUCAAGAUCCGACUGCAAGAAGUGCCUUGAUGGUGCAAUUAGCGAAAUUCGUGAUCAAUGUCCAUGCAAGGAAGAUGCAAUCAUAUGGUUUGAUUACUGUCUCUUGCGCUACUCAAACGUUGAUUUCUUUGGGAAAAUCGACACCGUUAACAGGUUAUAUCUGUGGAACACAGAAAGCGUACAUGAUCCAGAUACGUUUAAUCAGAAAACCAAGGACUUACUACACCAUCUGUCACAUGAAGCUUACCUCAGUCCAUUGAUGUAUGCUAGUGGAGAAAUGGACAUUGGAGAACAUGAGAAGCUGUAUGGUUUGGCUCAGUGUACUAGGGAUCUUUCUGGUAGAGAUUGUAAGAAAUGCUUGAAGAGUGCCAUAAGUCAACUUCCGGCCUGUUGUAACGGGAAGAAAGGUGGAAGAGUUUAUUGGGGUAGUUGUAAUAUAAGAUAUGAAAUGUCCCCUUUUGUCAAUGCCUAG